CUUCAUUCGUCGCCCACAAUCUCAGACCAUGUCGGGUACGGAUAGCAAGUUUCCAAUCGACCUUAAGCAGCUCAAGAAGCUGUCGCUAGACCCUUCCAAGCCGCAACUGACGGCGGAGGAGAAGGCUGCGCUGCUGCACAACAUUCAGCUCAUGCGCGAUGCUAUUGUACUUUUUACGGCCACGGGCGCUGCGCGAGGUGUUAGCGGACAUACGGGUGGUGCAUAUGACACCGUCCCCGAGGUCUGCAUGCUCCUCGCUCUCUUCAACGCUUCCAAGGAAAAAUACGUCCCGAUCCUUUUCGACGAGGCUGGGCACCGUGUCGCGACUCAGUACCUCCUCUCCGCGAUCGAAGGGCACAUCCCAGCAGAGCACCUCCUGCACUACCGUGAGGCCAACUCGAAACUCCCAGGUCACCCUGAGCUCGGCUUGACACCCGGUGUAAAGUUCUCUUCGGGACGUCUUGGCCAUGUCUGGCCAUGGGUGAACGGUGUCGCGCUCGCGAACCGCGACAAAACGGUUUUCCUGCUCGGUUCAGACGGUUCCCAACAGGAGGGCAACGACGCUGAGGCAGCCCGCCUCGCCGUUGCGCAGAACCUGAAUGUCAAACUGAUCAUCGAUGACAAUGACGUCACCAUUGCUGGCCAUCCGUCGCAGUACCUCAAAGGCUAUGAUUUGAACAAGACGCUUUCUGGCCAUGGCCUCAAGGUCAUCACGGUCCAAGGUGAAGACGUUGACGCACUGUGGGGUGGUCUGUGUGAGAUUAUCAACCACGAUGGCCCCGCGGCCGUUGUCUGCAAGCGUCUCAUGGCGCCUGGUGUCGCGGACAUUGAAGGCAGCACGCACGGACACGAUGUCAUCCCAGUCAAGUCUGCCAUCAAGUACCUCACAUCGCGUGGCUACCCUGAGGCCAUGGCGUCGAAUAUUCUUAACAACAUCAAGCCGCAUUCGGUGCCCUAUCUGUACAUUGGGUCGACGAAGGAGGUCGGCGCAAACCGUGUGAUCUUCGGCGAGGCUGUCAACCUGGUGCUCGACAAGUUGUCCAAAGAGGAGGCAGCUGAGAAAGUCAUGGUGAUCGACAGUGACCUGGAGGGUUCGACUGGUCUGAAAGUGAUCCACCAGAAGCACCCUGAAGUCUUCAUCCCGUCCGGCAUCAUGGAGCGUGGUAACUUUAGUGCCGCGGCUGGGUUUGGCUUCGACGCGAACAAGUUCGGUGUCUUCUCGACUUUCUCCGCGUUCCUCGAGAUGGUGAUAUCUGAGGUUACCAUGGCCCGCCUCAACUUUUGCAACGUUCUCUGCCAUUUCUCUCACUCUGGAGUUGACGAGAUGGCGGACAACACUUGCCACUUUGGCAUCAACUCGUUCUUCGCAGACAAUGGUCUCGCAGAUACGCAGUCGUGGUUGUACUUCGCCGCCGACCCUGCACAGAUGGUCGCCAUCAUCCAGCGCGUCUUCUUCGACCGCGGCCUGCGGUUUGUCUUCUCAACGCGUUCCAAAGUGCCGUGGAUCCUCAAGGAGGAUGGCAAGACGCGCUUCUUCGGUGACGACUACGUCUUUGAGCCCGGAAAGGACGAGACGAUCGCGGAGGGCAAAGCAGGCUACGUCGUCUCGUACGGUGACAUGCUCUACCGCUCGUGGGACGCUGUUCUACGCUGCCGGCAGGAGGGCCUGGACGUCGGCUUGAUCAACAAGCCGACGCUCAACCUCGUCGACGAGCGGACAAUCAGGAAGAUCGGCUCCAGCCCCUUCGUCCUUGUUGUCGAGUCGCUUAGCCAGAAGACCGGCCUUGGCUCGAAGUUCGGUACCUGGUUGCUGGAGCGUCAACUCACGCCGCGCUACGGCUAUAUCGGCACCAACAAAGAGGGUUGUGGUGGUCUGACUGAGCAGAUCCCUCACCAAGGCCUCGACCCUCAGUCGAUCAUCCUGAAGAUCAGGACCCUUUCUCAGUGAACGCUCGAAUUCCGUCGCGACUGGGGCGCUGUACGAUGAGUGUACGAUGAAGGAAAGCAAUGUUGUAUUUGUCAAACAAAGCAAACAAAACGCGUAUAUGUAGCAUCUUUUAUAGAGAAUUUGUCCUUGUCGCG